AUGUCCUUCAACGACCAGCAGCACCGUGGUGAAGCCGCAGGCUACUACGACGGAAACAACCUCCACCUGGACCAAGAGCAGGCCAUCAGACAGGCCAGAUACGAGAAACAUGGACGUGAAGACAAGGAAGACGACGAUGACUCCCUCUUCAGCAAGGCCUUGAGCUUCCUGAAUAAUAAGAAGGACAAGGUGGGCCGCGAGGACAUCGACGAGCAGAAGGUGGUGCAAUCCCACCAGAUGCUUUACGGAGACAAAGACGACCGAGAUGAGAAGCACGGUGCUGAGUCUUUGGGCUCCGGAGCGGCCAUGCAGGCUCUUAAGAUGUUCAUGAGCAGCAGUGGAAACCAGAACCAGAGCCAGGGCGGUGGUGACCAGAACAAACUUGUUGGUAUGGCAAUGGCACAGGCUGGCCAGAUGUGGGAGCAGAAGAACCAGCAGGGCCGUGUGAACACUGACAAGCAGACUGCCGUCAACAUGGCUGCUGAGUAUGCUCUUAAGAUGUACAUCAAGGGCCAGAUGGGUGGUGGAAGCACUGGAGCAGGUGGACUAGGCGGUCUCGGUGGCCUCGCUCUUAUUUCUAGUGCUUUGGGAGGAGGCGGUGGUCAACAGCAGCAGGGUGGACUUGCUGCCCUUGCUGGUGCUUUGACUGGUGGAGGCCAGCAGCAGCAGCAGCAGCAACAGCCAAGCGGAUUAGCUGCUAUUGCCGGUGCUUUGGGAGGCGGUGGUGGCCAGCAGCAGCAUCAGCAGCAACAGCAGCAACAGAACCAGCAGCAGGGCGAUGGAGCUUCUAACUUAUUGAACAUGGCUUCGAAGUUCCUGAAGUAA